AUGUCUUUUCCAUUCAGCCCAAGGCGGCGGAAAGACUUCUCCAUCGACAGAUUGAGAGUGCUAUAUACAGACCUGAUACAACAUAUUGACUUCACCGAUGAGGAUCUUGGAAGAAGGGCCGUCAAUGAUGAGGACAGAUCAGUUCAUAAGAAGUCUCUGCGAUUCUCCUUUCGCAAAAAGUUAAUACCUGACAAUUUGAACGACACAUUCGAAAUUGAAACACGUGACAAUCCAAACAUUGAGUAUGCUUUCGGCAACGAAGUUGUCUCGCUGCUUGCUGCAUUCCGCAUGUUGGCAGCUACUAAAUCACCUGAUAAAGAAGGGGACCAUUUAGGCUCGGCUGCGAGAGAUGACUAUAUAGUGGCAGCCAUGUCAUCUGCCAAGAAAGUUGAAAAUCGAGUGGUAGAAAUCCUUGAAGAAAUAGGCGAAAUCGUUGUCCAUUCUGAGAGGACGACAAGCGACAUUCGAGGUGAUUCCGUCUUUGAAUACUUUUGCGAGAAAAAUAUUUUGUCACUGAUUGUCGAUAUCACAAAAACGAAGGAAAAGAAGCCGGCCGAUGCCAGGCUCUCUGACACAUCUUGCUAUGGUGUUGUUUGGACUCCUUUGGUGAAGGCACAAUGUUUCCAGACAACGUCAUUGCUCCUUUCAAAUGUGCAGGCGAGCUCAGUGGUAUAUUAUCUUCUGUCUCAUAACUACAUCAACGAGCAGAUCAUGUGCAUGACUCCGUUCCAACAGUGGACUCAUUCAUCGCUAACCAAGAUGAUGCCUCAAUACGUUGAUCUUCUAAAGAAUGUCACAAUGCAACUGACUGAUGAUCCGCUACUGUUUCCCUUUCUGAUCAUUGAUAAUCCUGAGAAUGGAUCGACCAAGUUUCCUCUAUUUUCUGUUGCACUGGAACUUGCAACCAGCGCAUAUGCUGAAUCUGAUUCGUCCGUUUACGACACAUGCAUAACGAUUGUUGUCAAUCUCAUGAAAAUAAAGUCCGAGAGUAUUGAAAAGUGGUUCAUGUCCGCAAGUUCUGAACAAAAGAAACUUGCCGAUCACCUGAGCCAAAGGCUACUGAAUCGAUACAACCGUGUCUGUGAUAUAUGCACAGGACCAGUGGUCGAUUUUGUUCGGUCAAGAGCCGUUAAUGAUGAACUUUCAAAGCUGUACGAUGAUAUGGGGGUUAUCCGAGAUGUCUUUUGGAGUACGCGUGGUUUGGAUGUUCGACUUUGCGAGUCACUUUUGCAGCGAGUUGUGUCUGUCUUACUAAAGAACAUGUUACCACCGCGGCAAGAUACACAGUUCUUGGACGUGGGGGUGGUCGAUGCUGAUGUUAUUCCGCAGAGGGAAGCCCGCGCGCAAGUGUCAACGUUAUUCCUGGCAUUUCUCUUUUCGAAUCUUGCGUACAGUCCGUUUCAGAGGAUGUUGGCUGUUGCUGUCUUGCACCCCAUCUCUACUCCUCUCUGGCUAUCCUCGCGAUCAGUGAAGCAGUUUAGCGAAGAUGAAUACAUUUUCAUGCCAGCCUUGAGUGACAUUGUGACUGGCGAGGAGCUGAGAAAAGAGGUCUGUCCGAAUGGAUUCAGAGCCGAGGUACUUAAUGCUUUGGAGGGCAAAUACGGCGACUGGCGAUUCAUCUCCAGUGCUUGUCUCAUUCAAACGAUUUUCAAUGAAGAGCUGAUCGUCAAUGAUUCCCUUACGCUGAUGAACCUUCUACCUCAUUUUGGUGAAAACGGGUAUACGGAAUCACCACUCGAGAAUGCUCUAGCGGCAUUUCUCAAGAAAGAACACAAACCAUCUCGAAUAGUCUCACAGGCUCUUGAAUGUGCUGGACAAUUGGCGAUCCAGAUAGUGAAUUUUUCGGUAAAGCAUUGCACUACGAUAUCGGAACCAUGGGAGAAACUAGAUUACGUUCUUGAGCACUCAAAAAGUUGGUCAGCGCUGGGGGAAGCAUACCAUGGCUUUUGUGCUGACGCGGCAGAGCUGAAGGAAGCAACAGGAGUGUCAGAUAUAUUCUUGGAUCUACUGGAAACAACGAUACGAAAUCGAUACAAAGCAAAGACGCAGCCAUCUGGAACAACAGUAUAUUUCUGCUCGCUGUCACAGCAAGCGUUCAAUCGCAAACUUUCCGAAUCUGAAUUACUCGUUCGAAAGAAUCGAGAUUGUGGUAUGAGCGAUGUUGAGUCCGCUCGCUUCUUCAUCAAUAUGGCUCUUCAUUACAGAGCGCUGCACAAAAUUAUUGACCACAAGUUGCGACUGUCACUGAACGUCGAUCAAGAGCCUGGGCCGCUGGAUUUUGUGGAUGAAGCCGAUUUUCUGACCCGAACGAUUGGAAGGCUCGAUGACAAGCCUGCCGUGGGAACAGAGAUGGACCUAACGGGUAGAAUGACUUUUCGGUUUCACCUUCCUACUGGACCGAUGAAGUCUCCAGAGAAGGAUAGUCCAAAGGUCAAGGCCAAGGCUUCCGCUCUCAUCCUGGUGCUUGAUCACACUGAUAUGUUUGUCGUGAGACCAAAUCUGACAAGAUUGGAAGAAAAUCUCAGUUCAGUUUUGCACAGCAUAUCGUUGCGAAGCGUCAUAGCCGCCGCCGCUGAUGGAAACUGGCUUCAUGUUGCUGUUCGUCAUUCUGAUAUCAACAUGCUGAUCAAGAAUGGCAACAUGGCGGUCCAAUUUGAAAAUACAGGAGCGUCCCUGAUUGUCAAACAAUACCUCGACCGGUCGCGGGAGGUGCUACGGCAAGAAAUGUUAACCAAGGUGAAAGAAUUGUUGCCGCUAUAG